CAGCCUGUGAGCCUGGACUGGACCACCUUGUCUCGCCAGUUUUUUCCCCUGUUCUGGAAGUUGGUUUUUCUUGGAUGUUGGAGGAGAGCUUGAGUUCUGGUUCUGGAAGUUGCGUUGAGAAUCCAAAUUUCAGGAGACAACUUGGAAGGAUGAGCAAACAUAUCUCCAGGGAAGGGAGAGGAUGGAGACCCUCUAUCAGGCUGGAUCCAUUCUCACGAAGGUGAAUACCUUACAAGGGAAGAAGAUGUUGGAGAGUGGCCUCCAUUCUGGGGACCUUUCCCUCUCCCAGUCGUGGCCUUCUUGCCUCCCACCCACGGCCGACCUGGAGAUUUUGCAGCAGAAGGUGGCCGGCGUGCAAUGGGAGCUGGAGGACUUUAAGCAGGAGGCAUUGAAGUCCAUCCAUUACCUGGAAGACGCCUUCUGCCAGAUGAAUGGUGCCCUGGCACAGCAAGAGGAGCAGGCAGCCCGCAUGAAGCAGCGGCUGACGGAGGAGGAGGACCGAGGCAUCGUGCACAACAAGGUGCUCACCUUCCUGCUGCCACGUGAGAAGCAGCUCCGGGAGCACUGCAGGCAGCUGGAGUGCAUGCUGCUGAGCCGGGGCCAUGACACGCUGGGCGCCGCCAGGAAGAGCCAGGCAGGCUGAGCCCGGGCUCACCAAAUGGAAGAUAUUUCAAAUGGAAAGAGGUCCUAAGGCCUUCCUUCUUGCUUCCCUUUCCCCAUUUCUAUUGCUUUCUUCUACCAAAAUAUCACCUUGCCAAGAGGCAAAAAGACCUCAUUAUGGGGUUUUUUUUGGGGGGGUGAAGUUCCACUUAUCAAGCCUCAUCAAGGAAGGAAGCACCCCAAUACCAAGUUGGACCCCGGUACCUUUACCUCAAACUGGUUCCUAUUUGUGAGGAUAAUGUUGCCCGGAUGUACAGCAUUUUUCCUGUGAAUUCUUAAAUGGAUUGUUUUGAACAGAUCCAGUUUUCUUUUAAUGACUACUCCAGGCUCUCCUGUUUUGUCACUCGGUGCACGGUUACUGGGACUGUCCUUGCAGGGUUUAUGGAGAAGGGUGGGUUAGAAGGCCCCAGAUGGGUCCACUUUGGUAGUUCUUGUCCUGGCCUGUUUGGCUUCCCUGUCUGUUUCCACAUUGGCCUAUCGUCUCUUGCUUUUCUUUGCUGCCUUUUCCUGCCUCCGCUCCCUCUCCACCUAGUCUCCAGACUGGCUAUCAGGCUGUCGUUUUGGACUUUUUAGGAUUUUUAUCCCAGAGCUCUCUAUUGUUAUGGUGGCUGCCAUCUUUCAGACAAUGCACACACACCAGCCCGCCUGCCUCCAUGGGCACGCACAGAGGUGAGUGCUGUUUCUUGCGUGACCACAGGAGGCUCUGUCCUUUACCCAUGAUCUCUGGGGUGGUGAGUGGCAGAACCAUGUUUCAAGUCUAAGUCACCUGUGCUCAACCACCGUCCUGCUGCCCCUACCCACUUCCUGACUUUGGGGUCACAUCAGGCUGCUCGUGGACCUGUCCUCCUGGAGGACUGAGAUUGUCACUUGGAUGACUUAGGGUUCAUUCACUGUCACUGUGCCUUUUAUUUCCAGUUAGUCUCCUGUUGUAUUGAUUCACAUAUUCUUUCUCUGGUCCCCAAAUACUGCCAUGUAGCAGGGAUUGUCUUUUAAGUAGCAAAAGUGAGAGGCCUGGAGGCCAGAGCCAAUACCAGAGCAGAACAGGGUCUCUGACUCUCCAGCGCAGGACUUACUGACUAUUCUGUGCCGUCUGGUCUCCUCCCUCCUCCUUUAUAGACUCUAAAUCUGAUUUGAACACCUUGAAUCCCCAGUUGAACUUCACAAUAUCCAUCUGUCAGUCGUCUAUCCAGAGGACUCACCCUGGCUCUCAGUUGGCUCUACUUUAGUGGGUUUAGCUGAGGUAAUAUUAACGGUAACACUUGUGAUACUAAAGUUACUACUGAUAUAAUAGCUUUGAGUCCUCGAGUAUGAUGUGGACUGGGACUGUGCCUGGCACUUGGAAGACAGGUACUAUUACAAAGUUCACCUUAGGAUUCUGAGGAAACUGAGGCUCAGAGAAGCUAAUUUACACCCAGGGCCACACAGAUGUUACAGUUGGGAUUUGAACCUAGGCAUGUCUAGUUUGAGGGUCUGUGCUAUUAACCAUCAUGUAGCAUUUUGGGAAGCCUUGUGAGUCUCUGAAAAACACCUCUAGAGUGGAUAAAAUUGUUGAGAUGAACUCUGGGAGAAAGGAUUGUUUUUGUGAGGGAGAUUCCUACUUUUUAAAUCCAAUGGGGGAUGGAUUCUUUUCUCUCUCUCUCUCUCUCUCUCUCUCUCUCUCUCUGUAUUUACAGACCUAUCUGAGAAGCAGAACUUGACUGCCCACUCAGAAGAGGUUUGAAAUUUUCCUCUGCCCUGUGCCAAAGAACAAGUUAUGAUCUGCUUCACAUGGAAAAGGAUUUGAGCCAAGUGCAGGCCCAGUAUGCAAUACAAUUCACCCAGGAAGGGCAGUGUUUGUGCGGUUUCUGAGAAGACAUCAAGAGAUUUACCAGGGUGUGGUGGCUCAUGCCUAUAAUCCCAGUGCUCUGGAAGACUGAGACAGGAGGAUCACAUCAAUUUGAGCCCAGUCUGGGCAACUCAGUGAGAACCUGUCUCAAUAUAAAAAAUAAAAAAUGGACUGGUGAUGUUGCUCAGUUCCCAUCUGCCCCUCCCCAGAUUACAGCCAGCCAGACCACUCUGGAGUCACCUGUGUUUAGUUCUGACCCGACACGUUCAGAGGGUCCUAGACAGCCUGGAGUACGUCCAGAGAAUAGGACAGGCCAGGAAAUCCUGAGAAGGGAGCAUAACAGGAGGACAUAGAGGUUUGAGGGGAGACCUAAUUGUGACUUUCCAAACACUAGAAGUCCAAAUUGUGUUCCGGGAUUUGAGGAUCUAAUAUCACUUUUUCUUUUCCUUUUUGUGUUCAGAACCAAUUGAGGGACAAGCACAGGAGCCAGGCAAGUGGAGACAGAAUAUCACUUUCCCAGCUGUUAAACCUGCGUGGGAUUGUGGUUUAGGGCCUAUAGGCCACACAGGUUGGCUGUGUCCUUGUGCCUGAACCUGUCACAGUCUCCAGGCAUGGCGCGGGCAGAGGUGGACAGCUGCAGGCUCUUGAACGGCUGCUGCUGUGGAAGUGUGGAGUGACCUGUCUGCAGAGGGACGGCUCAGGAGAGAGGAAGCGUGUAUGGGAGAGCACUGAUCUUUCUAAAACCCUCCGAUCAGCAAGUUCUUUUCUUUCCCUGGGGAUGUAUAGGGGAAGGAAAGGAGAAUGCAGGUCCCUCCAUCAUGAAAGAGGAAUGGGAAACAGUGCUCACCCUCAGCAGUGCAGAAGAGGGUUAGACCCAAGCUGUCUGAUUCUGUAGGGUGGCACUAGUGACAAAGGAUAUGUGCUUGCAGGAGGCGAACUGCAGACCUAUGUAAGAAACAAAAAUGAUAUUGGGUGCUUAUUACAUGACUGCAUCCUAAAGGGUUGCCUCAGUAGGUCUGGGAUGAAAUAUCUUUGAAAACUGCGCAUUUCAGGGACUCCUGAGAGAUGCCCUUUAAGCCUUUGCAAUAUUUGGACUGAUAGGAGUAUCUUUGUUUUCCCGGGGCCUUUGCCCACACUGGGUAGUUUAGGCUAACACUGUGAUUUAUGGUGAGGCGCCUGGGUCACCAUGUAUCAGUGUGACCUCUGCAGAAGCAGCAGACUGAAUAACUAAGGUCAGCCACGCAGGUGCUCCACAGCUACGCGAUAAGCCACCACUAAGAAUACUGGACACCAGGAUGUGGAGGAGCUGCCUUGGCUGACACAACUCUGAAUAUGUUGUCAUGUGUUCUCACUGGGAAAACUGGGUAUCAUCCAUGCGGCUGUCCUGGGAGAGGACAGCUGGAAGCUGGGUGGUCUCUCCUGGGCUCUGACUUUUGUCUUUUUGGGUUCUAAUCUGUACCCUUCUGCUGCCAUGGUUACUAACUGCAACCAUAGUAACUUUUCUUAAUUCUACAAGUUCUAGUGAGUUCCAGAACCCGAGAGGUGGUCCUUGCACCCACAACAUAGACCUAGAUGCAUUUGACUUUGCUUUGCGAGGUCAGUCUCACAACAGCCACGUGAGUUAGGCACCGCUGGGACACAAGAAGAAACGGAGGCACGGAGACGUGAAGUAACUUGCCUAGGAGUCCCUGGUUUCACCCCAGAAGCCAGAGACCUGAGAUACUCCAAAGGAUGCCAGGGAAACUAUGAAGCCCUUCAGACAGGGAGCAGCCCGAAUGCAUCAGUCAUCACCAUCCGGGGGAGAACCAACCUGUCCUGGUUUAACUGGGACUGUGCUGGUUUUGAAGUGGAAAGUCCUCUGUGCCGGGAGCCCUCUUGGUUGUUUGCAAACUAGGAUGGUUGAUCAUUUUACAUUCAACAAAAACACCUUGGUAAGGUCCAGGGGAGGGUAUGGGUGGGGCAAGUCAUGAGUCACAGGAGGGCAGGACAGAAAGCAAGGGAU